UCAGCUCCGUCCCCGCCCGCGGCGUGCACGAGUGGGUCGGAACCGGCUUCUCCAUGGCCCGGGCGCCGGUUCCCGGCUGAGCCAUUUUCCUAUUGGCUGAAGCCCCCACCCAGAGGCCGAUUCGUCGCGGCGGCGGUGGGGAUCGCAGGUCGCGCAGAUUUAUUUAUUUUCUACAAGCACUGGGUACAGUCAGAAGCGCGGGAGGGUGAGAGAAUUCACCAGAGCCAGAGUGGGGAGCAGAACAGGCAGAAGGACAGAAGCACACUGCUGAGGGGAGCAGCGGGCGGCAGGAGAGGCUUGCAGAUGGGUCAGGGGCUGUGGAGAGUGGCCAGAAACCAGCAGCUACAGCAAGAAGGUUAUAGUGAGCAAGGCUACCUCAGCAGAGAGCAGAGCAGGAGAAUGGCUGCCAGCAACAUUUCCAACAGCAGUCAUCGUAAACAAGUCCAAGGAGGCAUUGAUAUAUACCAUCUUUUAAAGGCAAGGAAAUCUAAAGAACAGGAAGGAUUCAUUAACUUAGAAAUGUUGCCUCCCGAGCUAAGCUUUACCAUCUUGUCCUACCUGAAUGCAACUGACCUCUGCUUAGCUUCGUGUGUUUGGCAAGACCUUGCUAACGAUGAACUUCUCUGGCAAGGCUUGUGUAAAUCCACUUGGGGUCACUGUUCCAUAUACAAUAAGAACCCACCUCUAGGAUUUUCUUUUAGAAAAUUGUAUAUGCAGCUGGAUGAAGGCAGCCUCACCUUUAAUGCUAAUCCAGAUGAGGGAGUGAACUACUUUAUGGCCAAGGGUAUCCUCGAUGAUUCACCAAAGGAAAUAGCAAAGUUUAUCUUCUGUACAAGAACACUAAAUUGGAAAAAACUGAGGAUCUAUCUUGAUGAAAGGAGAGACGUCUUGGAUGACCUUGUAACCUUGCAUAAUUUUAGAAAUCAAUUCUUACCCAAUGCACUGAGAGAAUUUUUUCGUCACAUCCAUGCCCCUGAAGAGCGUGGGGAGUAUCUUGAAACUCUAAUAACAAAGUUCUCACAUAGAUUCUGUGCUUGUAACCCUGAUUUAAUGAGAGAACUUGGCCUUAGUCCUGAUGCUGUCUAUGUGCUGUGCUACUCUUUAAUUCUACUUUCCAUUGACCUCACUAGCCCUCAUGUGAAGAAUAAAAUGUCAAAAAGAGAAUUUAUUCGAAAUACCCGACGUGCUGCUCAAAACAUUAGUGAAGAUUUUGUAGGACACCUUUAUGACAACAUCUACCUUAUUGGCCACGUGGCUGCAUAAGAGCACAAUUGCUAGGACUUCAACUUUUAACUUCAAACUAAAGCUACCAAGGACUGACUUAGCAGAUAUGGGGGUUACAUUAGUGCUGGGCAUUCUAGCCUCUGUGUACAAUCAAGCUGGAGUGUACAACUUUUUUCUCUUUCUCUGCUUUAUUUUUUAAUAAUUUCCUUGGGGAACUAAAGAAUUUUGUAGAAUUUUUCUUCCAUUUGCUCAUCAUGUUUUGCACAAAGCAGAGCCACUGUCUGACACAGCUAUUUAAGAAUGUUAAACUGACAUUAUGCUCUAAAAAAUGGGAUAUGUGUGUGUUAGAUUUGCCUGAAAAACUUUAUUCAUUUCUAUUCUUUUUUAAAAUACCAUGUAAUGUAUACAUAUUUAACUAAAGAGAUUUAUAAUCAUAAUUAUUUUAUUGUAAAUAUUUUGACUAAAGUCUUUCCUUUUUCUCUCAAACUGACUUCUGAAAUUUAUUUGAUUCUGAUCUGUGAUUAUUGUCUUUGGAAAAGCUGAACGUGACUUCACAUGGAAGCCAAUACCAGCUUCUCUUUCCUUUGAACUUUGAAAGGAGUAUUAAUUUGUUACUACUGACUAUGCAAAACUUGCAUUUAUUUUUAUAUAAUCACUUGAAUUUUUCAUUUUUAAAACUGUGUAGUUAAAUCUCAGUAAGUUAUUUAAACCACUUAAGAUAGCAAACUUAAAUCUAAGAUUUACAAAUAUAAUAAUAUAGUGUUAUUAGAACUCUAGUAAA